GCCUGGUCUUCCGCACGCAGCUGGCGCACGGGAGCCCCACGGGCAAGAUCGAGGGCUUCACCAACGUCCGCGAGCUGUACGCCAAGAUCGCCGAGGCCUUCGGGAUCGCGCCCACCGAGAUUUUAUUCUGCACCCUCAACAGCCACAAAGUGGACAUGCAGAAGCUCCUAGGGGGCCAGAUAGGCCUGGAGGAUUUCAUCUUUGCCCACGUGCGAGGCGAGACCAAGGAGGUGGAGGUCACUAAGACAGAGGACGCUCUGGGGUUGACCAUCACGGACAACGGGGCCGGCUACGCCUUCAUCAAGAGAAUCAAGGAAGGCAGUAUCAUCAACCGGAUCGAGGCAGUGUGCGUGGGUGACAGCAUCGAAGCCAUCAACGACCACUCCAUUGUGGGCUGCCGCCACUACGAGGUGGCCAAGAUGCUCCGGGAGCUGCCCAAGUCCCAGCCCUUCACCCUGCGCCUGGUGCAGCCCAAGAGGGCCUUCGAUAUGAUUGGCCAGAGAAGUCGGUCCAGCAAAUGUCCCAUAGAGGCGAAAGUGACCAGUGGGAGGGAGACCCUGCGGCUUCGUUCUGGGGGGGCUGCCACAGUGGAGGAGGCGCCCAGUGAGUUUGAGGAAGAGGCAUCCCAGAAGGUUGAUGACCUGCUGGAAAGCUACAUGGGCAUUCGGGACCCCGAGCUGGCGUCCACCAUGGUGGAGACGUCCAAGAAGACAGUGAGCGCCCAGGAGUUUGCACGCUGUUUAGACUCCGUCUUGGGCGAGUUCGCCUUCCCCGACGAAUUUGUGGUGGAGGUGUGGGCCGCCAUCAGCGAGGCCAGGGAGGCCUGUGGCUAGUCUGCCCUGGGGGAGCCCAGCACAGCCCCAGCCUGGAGCCCCGCCCCCUGCCCCAGCCCUGCUCCAGAACCCAGCCCAGAUCGGAGGCCAAGUUCCUCUCUAGAGCUCAAUCCAAUUUGGAGCCCCAGCCCAGCUCCAGAACCCAGCCCUUCUCUAGAAUCCAGCCCAGAUCUGAGGCCAAGCUUUGUGCUAGAGCCCAGGCCAGCUCUGAGACCAAGCCCAGCAUUGAGAACAAGCCGUGUUCUA